UGUACUCGAAUUUCUUGCGGAAGAAGUAGCUUUUCGUCCUUAUGUAGAAGUGAGGAAGCCCAGUACAUAGGUUUUCUUCAAAAGCAUUUAGUAAUUUACAGAUUUGUUCAGCAGAUAGACACGGACAAGAGAGAGAUAUCCACAGGCUUCUUGGACGAAUCCUGAUUGGUUGGCUUCGAUAUAUCUAGAGGGCAGAAUACAAGACUCGGUACGAAGAGAUAUGGCGUUUUGAUGCCCCAUGAACUAUCUUGAGUUCUACGUCAGUUUCAAGUAGUUGCCACCUACAGACUUCCAGCCAUAACUCAAAAUGUCUAGGAGAUAUGAUAGUCGAACAACAAUCUUCUCCCCUGAAGGUCGUCUUUUCCAAGUUGAAUAUGCAAUGGAGGCCAUUGGAAAUGCAGGUGCUGCAAUUGGAAUAUUAUCAAAAGAUGGGGUUGUCUUGGUUGGUGAAAAAAAGGUUACUUCCAAACUUCUGCAAACCUCAGGUUCCACUGAGAAGAUGUACAAGAUUGAUGAUCAUGUUGCAUGUGCUGUGGCUGGAAUAAUGUCUGAUGCCAACAUCCUAACUAACACAGCUAGGGUCCAAGCCCAACGCUACACGUUUGCUUACCAAGAGCCCAUGCCGGUCGAGCAACUAGUUCAAUCCCUUUGUGAUACUAAGCAAGGGUACACACAAUUUGGAGGUCUCCGGCCUUUUGGUGUUUCAUUUCUUUUUGCAGGAUGGGACAAGAAUCUUGGUUUUCAGUUGUAUAUGAGCGACCCUAGUGGGAACUAUGGAGGUUGGAAAGCUGCAGCAAUUGGUGCAAACAACCAGGCAGCACAAUCAAUGCUUAAACAGGAUUACAAGGAUGAUAUCACAAGGGAAGGGGCAGUCGAGCUUGCAUUGAAGGUGCUCAGUAAAACCAUGGACAGCACGAGUCUUAGUUCCGAUAAGCUUGAAUUAGCUGAGGUUUUCCUCUCACCUUCUGGCACUGUGAAGUAUCAAGUUUCCUCGCCCGAAUCUUUGACAAAGUUGCUGGUGAAGUUUGGAGUGAACCAACCUGCCACUGAGGAUUCCUAAAGUCAUGUUAUUAUGUACUGUUUCAUAAGAAAAAGAUGUUAUCUGAUCGAGUUUCAGUUUCUUUUCUUAAUGUCUUUGGUAGUGGAUUGGAACCAGUGUGUCACUGGGGCCUGUUUUUUUCAGAUAAAAAUGAUCACAUUCUCUGCAGUUGAUAUA